AUCGAGCAGCAUCACAGCAUCGCCUACAACUACACCACAAUUCAGUUCAAUUUCAUUUUCAAUGGCAUUCAGUCGAAGCCAUGAAGUCCGCAAUUGUUAUUAUCAUUGUCGCAUCAGUGUAUUCGGUCAACGGCGGCCAAUUGAAACGCGUCUGGAUGAAGGAUCACUGCUCGAGCGGUCUGUGUCAAGGAAUAACAAUCUCACGCGAUGACUAUGUCAUUCUGUCAAACACACCCAUCACAAAGCAGAUAAUUUUGACGUUUGUCAAUUCGACUAUUGCCAAAAUACCACAUCUCAUGUUUGACACAUUUCCUGACCUUCAAAUCCUACGAAUGGAGAACUGUUCCGUUGAGACGUUCGAGAAACCACAAUUCGAGGGAGCCAGCAAUUUGAUGGGUUUAUUCCUGGCCAACAAUCUAAUACGAGACAUCCCCAAGAAUAUAUUUCUCGGUGCAGACAAUCUAAACACCCUGUCACUAGCUGGCAAUCAACUGCGACAACUGCAAAACCACAGUUUCAACGCCCUCAAGGAACUAAAGUCAUUGGAUUUGUCACACAAUAAACUGGAAAAUCUACCUCUAUCCGUAUUCUCGCCCAUGCGAAAAUUGAUGGAACUUAAUCUCUCCAAUAACAAACUGACAACACUGCCAGAGCGUAUAUUCGAAAAAACACCAAACCUCACCAAAGUCCAUCUGUCAUAUAAUAAAUUCUUAACAUUCGAAUCCGAAUAUUUCAAGAACCAUCCAAAACUUUCACUUCUUGACAUCUCCGGCAAUCCCCUCGUUGAGACGACCAUCAAUUUUGACAUUUUAGACACCUUGCUGGCGAACGAUUGUGAAUUGCACAAACUUACAAUCUAUGGCUUUGUCAAAGAGGUCGAAUUACGAAACAAUUCACUGCAGGACAUACCCAAUUUCCCGAAUGCUGCCAAUGUCACCGUAUUGGAUCUGUCAGUCAAUCCGAUUGCCAGUCUUGAGGCGACAUCCCUGCGUCGCCUCAUUGGUUUAACCAAACUGAAUUUUAGUCGAACGAAAAUCCAUGAUUUUCCCGAGGGUAUUUUCAAGAAGCAAACAAAACUCAAAGUCCUGGACAUAUCGAAUAAUUCAUUGUAUAAUCUGAAAGUUAGCGUAUUUGAUAACUUGAAGGCUUUGCAGUAUUUCUAUUUCCAUCAGAAUAACUGGAAUUGUGACUUUUUGCAAUUGUUGAUGAGUUCGUUUGUUAAACGGCGGGAAAUUGUCUUCGCCGAAGAUGACUUGGAGCCGGAUAAGGUUGAUGAUUAUGUUGAUGGGGUGGCGUGUUGGUAUGAGAGUAAUAAAAGUUCGAAAAAAUGUUCAGAAGAUGGAGAGUCUGUGUUGGAAUUGGCUAUAAUACGAAAUGAUAUAAAGGCUUUUGUCGAGACGGUGGAUAAGAAGUUUGUGAAAAUAUUUCGGUUGUUGGAUGAAAUCAAAAGUAGGGUGUAAUAAUAAAAAUAUUGAAAAAUA